AUGGUCGUGCACGUGCAGGUCCUUAGCGUGCAGUCCGUCGAGACUGCGCCCAGCCUCCUCCUCUCCACGGAAACUCGUCGCUUCCUGUUCAACGUCGGCGAUGGCACCCAGCGCCUGUGCAUGGAGCACCACGUGCGACUGGCCAAGCUGCAGCAAGUGUUUCUGACCGAACUUCGCACCCACGCGGUGGGCGGCCUCCCGGGCAUGGUGCUGACUGUGUCGGACACGGGCAAGCCCGGGUUGCACGUCCACGGACCCGUGGGCACCAAGAAGUACCUGAAAGCUACGCGCCACUUCCUGUACCGUCCGGACUUUAAACUGGAGGCGUCGGAGGUGCUGUCAAGUGCAUCUGAUGGCAAGAAGAAGAAGACCAAGGGCUGCUAUGAAGACGACGAGGUGGUGGUGCACGCGGUGGCAGUGCCCAAGCCCCGAGCCGGCGCCAAACGGAAGCUGAACGAAAGUCCGUCGCUGUCUUCCGGACCUUCGGAGGGGGAAGAGCACAACAGUCAUGUGAGUGCGAGCUACGUUGUGGAGACGAGAACGCAGCGGGGUAAAUUCCUGGUGGACCGUGCGGUGGCGCUGGGUGUCCCGAAGGGCAAAUUGUUUGGCCAGCUGCACCAAGGCAAGGACGUGACGCUGCCGGAUGGACGCGUGGUCAAGUCCAGCGACUGUGUGCUGCCGUCGGUACCUGCCGCUGGCUGCGUGAUUGUUAGCUGCCCAACGACGGCGCAUGUGGACGCGUUGGUGAGCAGUGAAGGCUUCAACCGAUACAGGGAAGUAGAGGGCAAGGCUCCUGAGGUGCAGGUGGAGGUGGUGUUUCAUCUCGGAGGAAUGGACGUGUUGCGCCACGCGAAAUACGCCGAAUGGACGAGGAGCUUUGGUGCCCACGCGCUGUAUCGUGCUUCGGCGAAGCUACAGGCGCAAUUGCAAGCAGUAUUCCCCCGCGCUUUC